CCUCGCUUCCGCUCUUUCCAGCCAGCCAGCCAGCCCGCAUCGAACUGCCGAUCUCGAGACGACGGCAUCCUCAUCCCGCCACCUGGACAGCAGCCCCUUCCGCCCAAGCCUCUCAGACCAUCUCCUGCAUCUGCGUGCUAUCCCAGCCAUGGACUCGCACAAGCGCAAGCUCGCGGCCGAUGAAGAGCCCGUCGCCGUUUCUGUCUCAGAUCCGCUCGCUGGCGUGCCGCUGUCUCCUCCACGCAUCCCAUUCAACAAGCGCACCAAGAGCGUCGGCAGCGACGGCGGUCAUGCCGCUGCGGCCCCGCUUUCCUUUGAGCAGCAGCUCGGAGAGAUUUCGAGUGCAGAUGACAAAUCCGCGAGUUACGAGGAUCUGUGGCCACGCCCAGCGCUUCCAUCAGCGAAUCCAAAAUCGGACUCGAUCGUCUUCCAGCAGAUCGAGGUCGAUGACUACAUUGGCCCUGCCCAUGCAAGAAUUCCUCACAAGGGUAUCGGCGACGUCUCUAUCAUUCGCAUGUAUGGAGUCACCGAGAACGGAAACAGCGUCAUGUGCCAUGUGCAUGGCUAUCUGCCGUACUUUUACGUCAGCGCACCCAAGGGCUUCCAGCAGUCCCACAUACCGGCCUUCUUCGAGGCCCUUAAUAACCAACUCAAGAACGAAGGCAGCAAGAAGCCCAUUGUUGAUGCUCAACUGGUCAUGAAGCAGAGUCUCUAUCACUUCCAGGGCCUGCAGCUCAAGCCUUACAUCCAAGUGACUCUGGCCCAGAAGAGCCAGGUCGCCUCGACGAAAAGAAUCCUCGAUUCAGGUCUUCAGAUCGGCAGCCUUGGGCGAUUUAGCUUUGUGGCCUUUGAAAGCAACAUGCAGCACCCACUCAAGUUCAUGAUCGACACCGACGUCCGCGGCGCCAACUGGGUCGAGAUCCCCAAGGGCCACUACACUGUCCGCAAGGCCUUUGACUGCCACUCGACGGCCCAGAUCGAAAUUGACUGCAUGUACGAUGAGUUUGUCUCGCACAAACCCGAAGGCGAAUGGUCCAAAAUCGCCCCUCUCCGCAUCCUCAGCUUCGAUAUCGAGUGCGCGGGCCGCAAGGGUAUCUUCCCCGAGCCACAGCACGACUCUGUCAUCCAGAUCGCCAACAUGGUGACAAUCCAAGGCCAGAAGGAGCCGUUCAUUCGAAAUGUGUUCACGCUCAAGUCGUGUGCCAACAUCAUCGGCACGCAUAUUCUGUCGUUUGAAAACGAAGGCGACAUGCUCUUGAAGUGGAGCAAGUUUGUGCAGGAGGUCGAUCCAGACAUCAUCACGGGAUACAACAUCCAAAACUUUGAUAUACCGUACUUGAUCGACCGUGCCAAGACGCUGGGUGUCGCAGAUUUCCCGUAUAUGGGCCGCAUCAAAGAAACCAAGACUGUCGUCAGGGACUCGCACUUCCAGUCCAAAGCCCUCGGUGCCCGCGACAACAAGACAACCAAUCUCGAAGGACGACUCCAAUUUGAUGUUCUUCAGAUCGUCCAGCGAGACCACAAGCUCCGAUCUUAUACGCUCAACUCUGUCUGUGCCCAUUUCUUGGCGGAGCAAAAGGAGGAUGUGCACUAUUCGAUCAUUACCGAUCUGCAGAAUGGCAACGACGAAACUCGCCGCCGCCUCGCCGUUUACUGUUUGAAGGAUGCCUAUCUUCCCCAGCGUCUACUCGACAAACUGAUGUGCAUCAUCAAUUACACCGAGAUGGCCAGAGUCACGGGCGUGCCUUUCAACUAUCUGCUGACCCGUGGACAGCAAAUCAAGGUCUUGUCACAGCUCUACCGUAAAGCCAAGGUGGACGACUACAUCAUUCCACAUCUCGAGCCGUACGGAACCGAGGAUCAAUACGACGGUGCCGUCGUCAUCGAGCCCGAACGAGGCUACUACGAGGUCCCCAUCGCGACACUGGAUUUCACAUCUCUGUAUCCGUCCAUCAUGAUGGCCCACAACCUGUGCUACUGCACGUACAUCGAGAAGCCCGCCGAGGAGCUCAAGCGAUACAACCUGACUCAAGACGACAUUAUCCGAACGCCCUCGGGAGAUCACUUUGUGAAGUCGUCGGUUCGCAAGGGCCUGCUGCCCACCAUCCUCGAGGAUCUCCUGGCGGCUCGUAAGCGAGCCAAAAGCGAUAUGAAGAAGGAAACCGAUCCUUUCAAGCGCGCCGUGCUGGACGGUCGCCAGCUCGCGCUCAAGAUCAGCGCCAACUCGGUGUACGGUUUCACCGGCGCCACGAUCGGCAAGCUCCCGCUGCUGGCGAUCUCGUCGAGUGUGACUGCGUUCGGACGUGACAUGAUCAACGAAACCAAGAAGCUCGUCGAGGCAAAGUACACCAUCCAGAAUGGGUACGCCCACGAUGCCAAGGUUGUGUAUGGCGACACCGACUCUGUCAUGGUCAAGUUUGGCGUCGAGACGGUUGGGGAAGCCAUGGAGCUCGGCCGCGAGGCUGCCGGCUAUGUCACGACUCAUUUCAUUCGACCCAUCAAUCUGGACUUUGAGAAGGUCUACUUCCCGUACCUGCUGAUCAACAAGAAGCGCUAUGCCGGACUCUACUGGACCAAGCCCGAGAAACACGACAAGCUCGAUGCGAAGGGAAUUGAGACCGUGCGGCGUGACUCUUGCCGCUUGGUCUCGAAUGUCAUCAACACAUGUCUGAACAUGCUGCUGAUCGAUCGCAACAAGGAAAAGGCGGAGGAAUAUGUCAAAAACAUCAUCUCCGAUCUUCUCCAGAACCGCGUCGACAUUUCGCAGCUGGUGAUCUCGAAGGCCCUUGGAAAAGCCGAGUACGCCGGCAAACAAGCCCAUGCUGAGCUCGCGGAGCGUAUGAGAAAGAGAGAUGCAGGCUCGGCUCCCAGUUUGGGCGACCGUGUCAGCUAUGUGAUUGUUAAAGGCAGCAAGGAUGCCGCUGCAUAUGAGAAGGCCGAGGAUCCCAUCUUUGUUCUCGAAAACAACCUGCCUAUCGACACAAAGUACUACCUGGACAAUCAGCUGUCGAAGCCUCUGCUUCGAAUCUUCGAGCCGGUCCUGGGCGAUCGCGCAACGAGUCUGCUCACCGGAGAUCAUACGCGUGUGAUUCAAGUGGCGGCCCCCACGACGGGUGUGCUGAUGAAGUUUGCGGUGCGCAAGGCCACAUGCAUGGGCUGCAAGGUUCCGCUCAAGAAAGGAGAGUCGACGGUUUGCAUGCACUGCAAGCCUCGCGAAGCCGAGCUGUACGUUCGACAGGUCGCCACUGUGAACGAGCUCGAGACUCGAUUUGCGCGACUGUGGACGCAGUGCCAGCGAUGCCAGGGCAGUCUGCACCAAGAUGUGAUCUGCACCUCGCAGGACUGCCCGAUCUUUUACAUGCGCAAGAAGGUUCAGAAGGAGAUGACCGAUGCGAGCAGCGCGAUGAAGCGAUUCGAAUAUGUCUGGUGAACGAUAUCCAGGCGCGAGCGAGCCGUGGUCCUCUGGUGCGCUCGGGAUGGUGUAGAGCCACUCGCUUGGCGAAUGCUGAAUACCAACAAGUGCCGAAUGUCGAG